UCUCUAUAAAACCACACACUCUUUUCCUACAACCUUAAUAGACACACACACACUGACACUACAACUACUACUACGUCUACUUAUCCAUAUUCCUACGUACAUAUAUACGUAUAUUCUACAUACAGUACUUUUAACUCACACAGAAAAACAAGAGGAAAUUACAGCACGCACACACACACACGUACAUACGUAGAUAUGGAAGAAAUGCCACCAGGUUAUCGUUUUUACCCUACAGAAGAAGAACUGAUUUCCUUCUACCUCCACCACAAGCUUCAAGACACUAACAUUGUAAAUAUCAAUCGCGUUAUCCCUCUCCUCGACGUUUACCGCUUCGAGCCAUGCCGACUUCCCUGGCAUUGUGGAGAGCUUUGCCAUGGGGACCCGGAGCAGUGGUUUUUCUUCGUGCCGAGGCAGGAAAGAGAAGUGCGCGGGGGGAAGCCGAGUAGGAUGACAGCGUCCGGCUACUGGAAGGCCACGGGCUCGCCGAGCUACGUUCACUCGUCGGACGGAAGAGUGAUCGGGGUGAAGAAAAGCAUGGUGUUCUACAAAGGGAGAGCUCCCGAUGGUACAAAAACUAAAUGGAAGAUGAAUGAGUAUAGAGCCAUAUUGAGAGAUGAUGAUAUGCCCACUUCUAUACCAAAGCUUAGACAUGAGGUGAGUCUAUGCAGAGUUUACGUGGGGUCCGGGAGUUCUCGGGUGUUUGAUCGACGGCCCACUGAAGACGUCCUAGUCCGGCUGCCGGAUCAUGAGGAUUAAUUAAUUACUCAAGAAAACGAUGAUAAAUUUGUUUUUAUUUAUUUCUUUUUUACUAAUUAUUUGAAAACACAACAUAAUCAGUAAAUGGAGGAAGGAGAGGUAUAGGAAACAUCAUUCCUAUGAUAGCUGUUGCGUAGUAGGUAUAAGUUUGUGGGAAAUUCUAAUUUAAAUCGAAUUCAACUGGUUGACGGAUAAGAAAAAGUGAUUAAUUAUUUGUCAAGUGUUUCACAUUUAUUCUGUGAAUGAUUUGAUUCAAUCGAAUUUAAUUUGAGUAAGAAUUCUUUCUUAAAAUUUGUUAGGAUAAUUGUCUGUAAAAUCAGUUGUCCACGUGUUGAUGUAGGAAUUUAGUUGUAAAGUGUAAAGUGAGAUUGGCUUUGUUUUUCAAGUCAUAAAAAGACUUGUUGCGCCUUCAAUGUUUAAGUCAA